AUGACUUCCGGAAGAAUAUACUUCGGGAGAUUAUGUGUUCUCCUAUUUAUGAUCGUGACAACUGCAUCCACCGCUAAAAUAUCUUUGAGGAAUUCCAAAGGAAGAUAUUCAGACUUUAGCAAUGUACCAACUUCUUCAAAAACCACUUCUGUAUCAUCAAACGAAGAAAAUCAUACACUAAACACUUCAAUGGCAAAAGAAAAAUAUGUCACCUCAAAUAUAUAUUCUGUAACAAAUUACGAUAUGUUACCUCCGAAGAAUAAAUCUUCAGUCCAAAUGUCUUAUCUAGACUUAGCCUCUUCUGCAACUGAGCUAACAUCCUCUGUGGAUUCUAGUGGCUCCAGUUUAAGUGAGGAAAAAAACACAACUGACACCAGUACCUCUUCAAGCACGGACACAACCACUUCUUCAAGCUUUUCCACAUCAUCCUUGGAUUCGACCACUUCUUCUCCAACUGAGGACUCCAGCUCCUCUACUGACUCAAGCUCUUCCAUAGAAAGCUCUUCAACUUACACCAGCUCUUCUUCAGGCUACUCCUCAUCCAGCUCCUCUUUGGAGCCCACCAUUUCUUCCACUUUCCCAAGCUCCUCUAUGGAUUCAACCACGUCCUCCUUCCAAUCGACCACUUCUCCAACUGAUUCCUCUGUGGAUUCAACUACUUCACCUAGCUCCAGCUCCAGCUCCAGCUCCAGCUCCAGCACCA